GCUGCCGGGACGCUCCGUGUGUUGGCCGCGGCGACGAGCAUCACUUGCCUGGAGACACCCCUCCCUCACUCUACGAGUCAUCCACGAUGGAACACACCCAGGAAGUUAUGGAGACCACAGCCGUGGACCUGGGCGCCCUUCUUGACGCAGGGGACGGCGCAGUCGUCACACUGGUGGCGGGCGGCACCCGUCUCGUGGCGCACAGGGCCUUGUUGGCCGAUAGAAGUCCCGUGUUUGGCGGCAUGUUUCGCCACGACUCACUGGAAGCCAGCGCCGGUGAGGUCGCAGUCCCGGACGUGGAGGGCCGGGUGCUGCGCCAGCUGGUCGCCUACCUCUACACCCUCCAGGCCCCUCAGCUGCCCAGCCUGGCCCCCGACCUGCUGGCAGCCGCUGAUAAAUACGGCGUGUCGGCCCUGAAGGCUCGGUGUGAGCAGCUCGUGGCCGCUCAGCUGUCCGUCGAGACUGCGGCGGCCGCAGCUGUUCUGGCGAUCAGGCACUCCUGCACCAGCCUCAGGCAGGCCGCCGUUAACUUCAUAAAGGCCAACGUCACCCAGGUUAUGACCACACAGGGCUGGGCUGACGCAGUGCGCACUCAGCCUGAAGACAUCGUCACACUGGGUCAGCUGCUCGCGGAUCCUCCAGCACAAACAAGCGCGCCGGCCUCUGCAGACGGCAGUCCGCGCCCCGGCAGUGGGCCGCAGGGAGACCGCGGCCACACCCCUGCCACUGCUGCGCCGCCCACGGCCAGCCGCACCGCUCCUCCGCCAGAUGACUCUGCCGUCUCUCGCCUGCGGAGCCUUCCUGAAAAGGAGAAGAACAGCAGGAUGAUUCAGGCAGCGAAGGAGGAUGCAGUCACCGAGCUGCAGACUCUGCUGGCAGCUGGUGCUGACGUGGGGGCGACGGAUGAGGACGAUGACAGGUGGACCACCCUCCACUGGGCAGCAACCAGAGGACACCUGAAGGCAGUGAGGUGCCUGGUGGAGGGUGGAGCAGACGUGGACGCCAGGACCAGCGGCUGGCAGGAGACGCCCCUGCUCAGGGCUGCAAGUAAUGGCCACGAGGCUGUGGCGCGGCUGCUGCUGGAGGCAGGGGCGGAGGCUGAUGCCAGGAACAAAACGCAGAGCACGCCCCUGCACCUGGCUGCAGUUUAUGGCCACGUGGCUGUGGUGCGGCUGCUGCUGGCCGCCACUCCUUACCACAACGCCAGGGAUCAGUGGGGGCGAACGCCGCUGCACUGUGCGGCUCUGAACGGCCACGCAGACGCGGCAUCUGCACUGCUAGAGGCUGGAGCCGACCGUCUGGCCAGGAAUAACGACGGGGAAACCCCACUGGAUCUCGCCAGGAAGAACAACCACCAGCAGCUGAUAGACAUGCUAAGGUGAAGGUGGCAGUCGGACAGACAUUCUUGGAGUAAAACGAAAAGAACUGCAUGACUUUUCUUCAUUAUUAAAAUAUAGAAUGUGAUAAAUUUAAACCUGCAGUCAUUCACUGUCUCUCUACUCCCACUUCAAGGAGAAAGGGUGCCUCUGCAGCCUUUUAUGGCCACUUCUAGUGAAUCCCUCAAUAGAUGUUUAGUACAUAAUAUUAUUCCAGUUUCAAUUCAUAGCACACUCCUUUGAUUUUUGCAGGAUUUUUCGGAAAUUAUAAAAAAUGCUGCAAGAUUAAGCUUCUCUCAAAUGUGAAAACGUGU